UAUUAUCUAUUGAAAAAAAAAAAAGAAAAAAAACAAUUGGCAAGAAAAAAAGAAGGGUGGUGAGAAUGACGUCAAAAAGAGAAAAAAGAGAUCUCUCCUCGUUUUGGUGUUCCCUCCUCGUUUCUUCCCUUCACGUCUCCACAAGUCGCAGCCCACUUUAGAUCUCUUUCUCUGUCUCUCUCUCUCUUUAUUUCAUCCCUCUCUUCCUCCAUCAGAUGAUUCAAGAGAUCAUCUUAUUACAAAACUAAAGUCAACUCCUAAAGGUCGUGAUCUUGGUCGGAACAAAAAACCAUGUCGAAGUUGCAUCAAAGCAAUUUCAACCAAAAGAUAGAUUAUGUCUUCAAAGUAGUCUUGAUCGGCGACUCUGCUGUUGGUAAAUCUCAACUCCUCGCUAGGUUUUCAAGAAACGAGUUCAGUAUCGAAUCUAAAGCUACCAUUGGUGUUGAGUUUCAGACAAGAACUCUUGAGAUCGAUCAUAAAACUAUCAAAGCUCAGAUAUGGGAUACUGCUGGUCAAGAACGGUAUCGAGCGGUGACGAGUGCAUACUAUAGAGGAGCAGUAGGAGCAAUGCUAGUUUACGAUAUAACCAAAAGACAGUCGUUUGAUCAUGUAGCAAGAUGGUUAGAAGAAUUGAAAGGACAUGCUGACAAGAACAUUGUAAUAAUGCUUAUAGGAAACAAGACUGAUCUCGGGACACUUCGAGCUGUACCAACAGAGGAUGCUAAAGAAUUUGCACAAAGAGAAAACCUCUUUUUCAUGGAGACAUCAGCUUUGGAUUCCAACAAUGUCGAGCCGUCUUUUCUUACGGUUCUGACUGAAAUCUAUCGAAUUGUGAGUAAAAAGAAUCUUGUUGCGAAUGAGGAAGGAGAAUCUGGAGGAGACUCUUCUCUAUUGCAAGGAACUAAGAUUAUUGUUGAUGGAGAUGAGAUUGAAUCUAAAGGAAAGGGUUGUUGUGGAACAUCAUAGAAUCAGUUCCCUUAUUUGAUCUUCUUGUGAUCUCAUUUUCUUGCAUUAAUAAUGUGUCUACUUUGUAUGUAACCAGUUGUUGAUGAUAUAAGAGUUGAAUGAAUUUGACCAUUGUAUACUGAUUUGAGUUGUGUUUUAUUCAGGAUACAAGUUUUUUUGGAUUA